GUUGUAUGGAGUAAGCGAUCGACCCCGAUUCAGGCGCCGCAUACGAGCUGAGUGAUUCGGACCUCGCCACGAUCAAGCCCAUCGACUAUGACGAUCCGGCCACGGAUAUUUCGGGGCCGUGAAGCUAUUCAGCCACCGAAAACGAAUUCGAGCAUGCGUUGCCAUCCUCGAAAAAAGCCCCCCAACCCGAUCAAUCUCUGGCGAAUGGGGCCCCUCAAAAACAGCGCUACUGGGUGACAACCACCACGAUCGAACACAAACGAAUCGGCGCCAGUAUCCAACAGCCCAGCGGGACGAUUGUUAAUACCGGCGGCGGAACCUUUGAUUCCAAAGUCGUUCUCACGGGCAUCGAUCCCGUGACGUACACACUGGACGACCUCACGCUGGAACGAGAGGAUACCGCCGAUGGCAGUUUCGAAGGCGAUCGAGCAAACGGGACUUGGGAUCAGGACAACUAUUAUCUUACCAUGAGCAAAUUUGGACUCCAGCAAGCGGAGUUCCGCAGCUAUAAUGGUAGCUCAGAUGCUUCCCUGAAAUACUCGACUGCCUCGUUCUGCAAAUCCCUUCCUUGCACUCUGUUCUAUUAUUGGCUGAUGGGCUCGAUCGAUUUGGCAAUCAUGGCACUUUCUACACAGGCUACACGGAUGAUUACAACGUUCUCAAGAUCCAGGACCAUCAGUAUGCCGGCUGAAGCGAUUGUCUUUCAAAUGUGGGGAGUUCGUUGGUUUAUUUGUGCUCAUUUUAUAGUCUGGCAAUCUUCACUACCAACUUGCUCAUCGAAGGGCCAUAUUCUGCCGUAGAAGUUCCCUCGGAGUACUUGGAUUCCUACAGCGAAAGCAUCUGCAGUGAUCCAGUGUGUAUAUCUCAUAAUCUCAUAUAGACGACGGCUCGUCGGGAAUAUUGAUUCUGAAUCCCUAUGCUGAAGCAUCC